UCAAUCGACCUAACCUCAAAUUCUGCAUUACAUUGGUGUAUUUUUUGGAGUUAUUAAUAAAAUAAGUUAAAUGUCUGCAUUUAAAAGGGUCCAGCAAUGGGCCGCCUUCACUCGAACCUGGCACGUCUUCGACUGUAAAUGGCAAGAUCCCUAUGAUUCGGCUCAAGUAAUUAAGAAAUUCUUGAUGGGUUUGCACAAGCCUAUAUACCAUCCCACGAACGAUUGCGGGGAUGUUGUAGUCUGCAUAAACAGUCGUGAAAUCGCUCUCCGUGGUGACGAAUGGCGUAAGCGGGCUUACUUCCACCACACGGGAUACCCUGGAGGUGCUACGUGGACGCUCGCAUGGGAGCUGCAUAAUAAAGACCCUACUAUGAUUAUUAGGAAAGCUGUGUACAGAGCAAUGAAAGGUAAUCUCCAGAGAAGGCACACAAUGGAACGGUUGUUUAUUUACCCCGGUGAGGAUGUUCCCCAAGACGUCAUGCAAAACGUAACAAAUCAGAUCCGUCAAUUGCGCGUAGUUCCCACAAGAUUAGACCAUAUACCCGAAGAAGAGGUACAGAAAUAUCCCAAAGUCAUGGACUACCCACAGGAUUAUAUUGUUAAAUAAAUUUAUAUGUACUGAUUGUAAAGUUGAAUUAGUUAAGUUUUAGAUAAUAAAUGUAGAAAGAUUU